AUGAGGUCGAGGCUGGUUAACCCAGACCCCCGAAAUGUCCGUGCGCUCCUCCGCGGAGGCCUGCGGGCUCUCUGGCUUUGUGGUCUCCCGGAGCGAGCGGCGGCCAAGUCGGAAGGGUCAGACGGGUUGUGCAUGGAAGAGCUUUGCGACACGGUGACGGCCCCGGCGAGCAACCCCGACUGCGGCAAGUCUUUCUGCAGCGCAUGCCCAAUCUGUAGCGAGUCUAUCGGCGAGGCUGGGCAGACGCUGGGCCCAGACGGGCAGCCGGACGGAAAGAUGUGCAUCCGCGUAGUGUGCGACCAGGUGGGGGACCCGUGCAGCGACCCAUCGGUCGCGGCGUCCUGCAGCGGCUGCGCCGAGUGCAAGUGA